AUCCGUCCCUCUCCUUCAUCUUCUCCUCUUUCCUCCGUCUCACUCUUGCUCGCCAUCAAUCACUCACACCAGUUCCCGGCAUCGUCUCUGCGUCUGCGCCGCCCAUCGCCUGCUUAACUCCUCGACGCCCCUGAUCACGUUGAUCUGCGACCCGGCGUCAUAGAGUGACAGCACAUCACCCACCCCCUUCAUCAACUUGCUGGGACUGGUGUGCUUGCUAAUUUGACCCCUGUUGUCUCUGGACGGGCAAUUGGCCCCGCGGACCCCUCGAACCUCGUACUUCCUCGACCCGCGACCCUCGACCUUCGACCACCUCCACCUCCGAAGCGGAAAGCCAACUCGGACAGGGACUGUCGAUCAUCAAAUCAGCCCAAACAAUCAAUCCAAACCACCUGCCGUGCCCACUUUGUCACCUGCUCUCUCCUUUUGAAGCAAUCAGUCUUCGCCCGAACAACAGCCCCGCCCAGGACUUGGUCUCUUUUUGCUGCUUCUUUUCUUUCUUUCUAGCCGACACGACUAUUUCCUACCCCUUCUGCCAUCCCCUUUCUAGCAGUUGUAAUCCGCUUUGUGGACAAAGAAACUGUUGAACCAACCAACAUUGGCCCCAGCUGACGGUCUACCUUUGAGGCGACCCCAAAAACACCAACCCGGUUUCCGCCUCUUGCUUACCCCGCCAACCUCAACCGCCCUCCGAAUCCGCGCCCACCAACUUCCCGACCGACUCUUCUUCCCGGAUAAUCACCCAGCCCUCGACCGGUGGGUGACGCCCGCCAUCUCGAACCCUCGUAACUCCAACCCUGCCAUCGAACUCCCCCCGGGCCGCAUCGAUGGCUUCCAACGGUUCCAAUGGAGCCUCUCAGCAGCCUCAGGUCCAGCCCUGCAGAUACAAGGUCGGCAAGACGCUGGGCGCUGGCUCUUACUCCGUCGUGAAGGAAUGCGUCCACAUCGAUACCGGUCGCUACUACGCCGCAAAGGUCAUCAACAAGCGAUUGAUGGCCGGCCGAGAACACAUGGUCCGCAACGAGAUCGCAGUGCUGAAAAAGGUCUCCAUGGGCAACCAGAACAUCCUGACCCUCGUCGACUACUUCGAAACCAUGAACAACCUCUACCUCGUCACCGACCUGGCUCUCGGCGGUGAGCUCUUUGACCGAAUCUGCCGCAAAGGCAGCUACUUCGAGUCCGAUGCCGCCGACCUUGUCCGCGCCACCCUCUCCGCCGUCGCGUACCUGCACGACCACGGCAUCGUCCACCGCGACCUGAAGCCCGAGAACCUCCUUUUCCGCACACCAGAAGACAAUGCAGACCUCCUAAUUGCCGAUUUCGGACUGAGCCGCAUUAUGGAUGAGGAGCAGUUCCACGUCCUGACCACGACAUGCGGCACCCCUGGAUACAUGGCUCCCGAGAUCUUCAAAAAGAUUGGCCAUGGCAAACCCGUCGAUGUCUGGGCUAUUGGCGUCAUCACCUACUUCCUCCUGUGCGGCUACACGCCCUUCGACCGCGACAGCGAUUUCGAGGAGAUGCAGGCCAUCCUGAACGCCGACUACAGUUUCACGCCCUUCGACUACUGGCGCGGCGUCUCCGACCAUGCCAAGGACUUCAUCCGUCGCUGCCUCACCAUCGACCCGAACAAGCGCAUGACGGCGCAUGACGCCCUGCAGCACCCCUUCGUCGCCGGCUACCUCAACAACGGCGAAGGUGAAGGCCAGAACCUGUUGCCAACCGUCAAGAAGAACUUCAACGCUCGCAGGACCCUGCAUGCUGCCAUUGAUACCGUCCGCGCCAUCAACAAGCUCCGCGAGGGUCAGGCCAACUUGAUGGACGGGGCCAAGUCGCAAGAACCCACACGGGGCGCCGCGGCUCUGAAGACCCAGCCAAACACGAGAAAGGACGAUAGCGCCAUCAGUAUAAGUAGCCAGGGUGAUAAGGACUCGGGCUACGGUACCCAGCCCGAAGCUGAUAGCCAGACUGAUGUUGUCAUGACAGAUGCCGGGCCAACGCUGAGCAGUGUACCAGCCAGCCUGCGGCCAGGCAGUGAGCAGAACAAAGUGGUUGAAACGAGCAGGGGCCUGUGGAGUGGUUCUGCAUUGCGACGAUAGUCCCGUCGCGAUGCCGUACCAAGUGUGAAGGUCACAGCCUUCCACGAAGAUCUGCAUAAGGCAGACAACUUGCAAUCUGUUGAGGGGACACAGCCUUUGAGAUUUGACUGUCUGACCAAGGAGGCUUUGAGGGGUCUCUUCACGCACAUGCGAGGAGGUCGUGCGGCAAAGAGCCUGGGAGAAGUCAAAGCAACGGCCACAGUGUUUCCUCUGUCACAAGGCGGCAUUGUCUCUGGUGUCACAAACCUGUCUGCUGAGAGCAUGAUCAGGGGAAUGACAAGUCUGGCAGUGGAAGAAAUAGCAAGGAAACUAGAUACCUCAGGUUGACAUCCGCGGACUGGCUCCGCCAUUGGAUGUCACACACUGACUGUGGGUUGGGCCGAAUUGCGGCACCAAUUCCCUUUCUUUACUUUUUUCAUGUUUAGCAAGAUUCCUACAGGCAUAUAUCAAGGACAGGACUCGGAUAAGCAGCCCGUUUAAUGGAAUGAUAUGAACGGACCCAGCCAGUCCUUCUGAUUGAUGGUUAGCGGAGGCUUCUCAAGUCAUGUUGGCGUCAGUCUCUUGUCGACUCAUGUGACAUCGCGACGUCCUAUAGAGAAGCAAGUCUCUGGGUCAUAUAGACAAUAUCCGGGCCUCCGAUUAGGCUAUCUUUUGCAGAUAUGGGCUUGAUGACGACGCCAAGUGGAAACAGUGUUCUGUUGUGUCUAUUUCAUUGCGGACAAAGACUCUAGAUCGAUGUGACCUGUUUAAUAGAAAUCCUAGGGUCUUGCUACUUUGACUCAUACACAACUGGAACUUUCAUUGUCUACGCGGGAGAGCAACCUGGGCCGACCUUGUAGAACAAAU